AUGUCUUCUACCACCGCAACCACCACCAACCAUAUGCUGCCAGACGAAGAACCGAGCCUUGAUCCUCUAGAUGCGGCUGACUACGAUCCAAUCGACCACCUAAACGCUAUCUUCUCGCACCCUUCCACCCUCUCCUCCGUAUCCCAGGUGUCCGAAUCCCUUCAAACCUACGAAGAUGAACUGGACGAUGAUAUCGGCUCGCUGGUGGAAGACCAGGUCACAUCCAAUGCCGAAAGCGUGGAGCGCAUCCAAGCAGCCAAAGCCGACCUGAGCGAGCUAUUCAAGAAGAUUGACGACGUUCGCGACCGCGCAUUGAGCACCGAGCAUGCGAUUACAGAGAUGACAGCAGAUAUCAAGCAACUGGACAAUGCGAAGAAGAAUCUCACGUUGUCGAUGACGGCGCUGAAGCGGCUGCAGAUGCUCACGACAGCGUACGAUCAGCUGCGCGCGCUGAGCCGAACAAGACAAUACCGCGACUGUGCGCAGUUACUGCAGGCUGUUAUACAGCUCAUGGCGCAUUUCAAGUCAUACCGGUCGAUCGAUCAGAUUGCGCUGCUGAGUAGAAAUGUGGCGGAUAUACAGCGGGAGUUACUGGAACAAGUUUGUGAGGAUUUCGAGCUGGCGUUUGCCAAAGGGGAGGUCGGGCCGAAGAAUGCGAUAUUGGCUGAGGGGUGCUUGGUUAUUGAUUCGCUUGGGGAUCAUGCGAGGUCGCGGCUUGUGACUUGGUACUGCAACUUUCAGUUGCGGGAGUAUCGGCAGGUUUUCAGGAAUAAUGAGGAGGCUGGGUCUUUGGAUAACAUUUCGCGGAGGUACUCGUGGUUUAAGCGGAUUUUGAAGAUCUAUGAUGAAGAUUAUGCUGCUAUUUUUCCGGCAAGCUGGAAGGUUGAUGAAAUUCUGGCCAAUGUUUUCUGUGAAGGUACUAGAGAUGAUUUCAAGGGUAUUCUUUCCAGGUCGGUGCGGAAUGGCCAGACUAUCGAUGUCAACCUGUUACUCUCGUGUUUACAAGAGACCUUGGACUUCGAGCACACUCUGGAGCGCCGCUUUGCCAGUCCUUCGCGGCCUUCAACCGAUACGUUUGUCUCGAGCGAGGUAUCUGUCUUCGGCCAAGCAAUUUCGGAGGCUUUCGAGCCAUACCUAAGCAUAUGGGUUGAAGCUCAAGACAAGCAGCUGGCUGCACUCAUACCAAAGUACCGACAACAGCCCCUGAAACCCCCAGAUGAGGAAUUCGACUCUCACAUUGUCAUCUCCUCAUCAACCGAACUCUUCACCUUCUACAGACAUGCAUUGCAGCAAUGCGCGAAACUUUCCACAGGUGGCAGUCUUGCGGACUUGGGCGGUGUAUUUGCGAAAUACUUGGACCAAUAUGCGCAGCAGGUUCUUCUUUACUAUAUCAGCGAACGACCUACAGGGCAUACGCCUUCAAAGGUUCCGUCUUUGGAAGACCUCAUUCUAGUUCUCAACACCGCGGACUAUUGUUACACGACAUGUACCCAACUAGAGGAGAAGAUCAAGGGCCGGCUGGACAAGAACCUGAAAGAGAAGGUUGACCUACAAAGCCAAGCUGAUUCCUUCAUGGGAAUUGCCUCUGCAGCCGUACGAGGCCUUGUACGGCAGGUUGAGGUUGAAAUGGAGCCCUGCUGGCGAGAGAUGCGCAACACUUCCUGGAAUCGUUUAGAGGCUGUUAGCGAUGAGAGCUCUUAUGUGGGGCAGGUGUUGUCUAAGGCGAAGACGAAGGCUUCGGAGAUUCUAGAGUUCUUGCAUAAGCAGCAAUAUGCAAGAGCUUUUACUGAUCAUCUUGUGGAGUUGAUAUCGAGUCUUUUCAUUACGAUCGUCUUUCAAAGCAAGCCUAUUUCAGAGACGGCAGCAGAACAGAUGCUUCUUGACUCUUACACUCUCAAAUCCGGCCUCUCAUCCCUUCUCCCGCCCCCCACCCCAGCAAGCUUCGCCAAACGUGUAAAUUCCAGCUUUUCCAAAAUUGAAGCUCUACUCAAAACCGUUCAAGUCCACCCCUCACCCCCCGAAGCCCUCGUCCAAGCAUACCUAAUCCACAUCGCCGACCAAAGCAACGCCAAUUUCCGCAAGAUCCUCGAUAUGAAGGGUAUCCGCAGCCGUCAAGAACAGAAUCACCUUGUGGAACUCUUCCAAGUGCAUCGUGCAUCUGAACGCCACGCACCGAAUCUCCAACAAAGCAAUCCCGUCCUUGCAGCACUGCAGCCCUCUGGUACUUCCUCAUCUGGUUCUGUAUCUCAGGGCCUAGGCUCCGCAUCUACAUCCCGGUUCGACCCGUCCAUCCUCGGCUCGGUUAUUAUCUCCGCUGCUAAAGAUGGUGUUGAUCGAUUCGGUACACCCUCGAACGGUAGCGCCGGAGGUCCUGCGCCCUCCUCGUCCUCGGGGGCUUUGUCUCCGUCUGGAGGGGACGGUAGCAACGAAGGGUAUAGCUACGCUGGUAAUUUGAAUGAGAAUCUGAAUCUGAAGAAUAUUGGGAAGUUCUUCCGGAGGGAUUUGGGUGGGUUUGGGGGGAGGUUUAGUGGGAGGGGUGGUGAGGAUGGGGGUGGUUGA